GACACGGAGCGCGAAAUACGAGGUCGUCUGCGUUGAACAUCAAAGUUGAUUCCUUUUUUCAUUGAAUUUAAUGUUUAAAGCAGCACUCAUAUUCAUUCCUAGUAUGGAGGUUUAGCAACUUAAGUAUAAUUCAAAGAGAAUGUAGAUGUUUCAGUAUUCUACCCAUCAACCCGAAGAAUGGAUGUAGAUGAUGAGCUAUUUUCGUCGGAUGAAUCAGGAUUUACGGAGCAGGACAUUAGAGACCACGUGGAUAUUCUGUUCCGGACCAGUGACGUGGAGGAGUCCGGAUUAGUCCCAGUGUCAAGCAUCAUCGAGUAUCUGAGAAUCCAUACCAGCUUUGGUGAAAAUGAAGAAGAUUUAUCAAUCCUCGUGAGGCUGGCGGACCCAGGGGGAAAUAACCCCCGCCUGACCCUGGAGCAGUACAGACAGAUCAUGUGGCAGUGGAUCAGACAGCUACAGAACGGAUCACGGGAGUCAAGUGAUGGAGGCUCUGAGUAUGAAGAUUUCCUCUCAGACUCAUCUAAUCGAGUGUCCUCACAAUCAAGCUCAGUCAAAGAUCCAGCAGGAAGUUCAGACCUAGGAUCAUAUUCCAGACAGGAUGAGAAAUUUGGAGUUCACCAGAUGAGUGCCCCUCCUGAGGAGGUACAACAAUACCUGGACAAGAUCCACGAGCUUCAGUUCCAGAACAGUAAAUUAACAGAGGAGAACACCACACUUCAGCAACAGAUCUACAGUCAGGAGGAAAACCUGACCCAGAGUAACGCCACUAAUGACAGCCUGGUCAGGAAAGUCAAUUUUUUACAGGAAGCCAUACAGUUGAAACAACAGCAGGACAACGAAAACGAGGAGCUUAUUUUGAGACUUCAGGACCAAAAACAGGAACUUCACUUCCAGAUAGCUGGUCUUACAGGUGAUUUAGAUCGUUUAAAGACGAGCAACAAAGAGCAGGAGGCAAAUAUCAUUGAAUAUGAGCACAAGAUAGAGCAGAUGACAGAGGUAAAAAGAGCACAAGAAAUUCAACUCUCUGAGAGGUUUGAGGAGCUGAAGAAUCAACAGAACCAGCUGCUGUAUUUGUCAAACACUGUUCAGGAACUGAAAAUGGAGAACACUGACCUUCAAUCUAAGCUGACCCAGUCUAAAGAAGCCUUUAUAAGCCUGAAACAGACAGCUGAGGACAGAGAGAAGGAGGACACCUUUACAAGAUUUCCCUGUAGUACUCCAAUAAAGAAGAACAGCUCCAUCUGUAUGGAACUCAAGGGAAUGUUGGAGAGUGGGGAUCAUAUGCCGUCUCCCUUGUGUGAGAAGGAAAUCGAUGAAAUGGACCACAUCUUCCCUGCAUUUUCCUCGGAUGUCGAAGACCUGGAGGGGAGUGAUCCUAACAUUAGUAUUUACUCUGUGUCACUGAAAGAUGACCUCACUAUGGAUGUAUCCAAAUUUAUGGAGAAAUACCAGAAUAAACAGGAGACCUUGUUGGAGGAGAUCCGGGAAUUUCUGGGGGCAGGGGGAGGAUCAGGGGACGGAUCAUUUACCUCCGAGUUUGUCAGGAAAGUGGAGGAUCAAAUGUCUAAACUGUCACAAAGGGUGACCACUCUAGCUCAGGCCAAAACAGAUGUAGAUAAAAGGUUGAGUAGCCAGAAGAAGAAAGUUAAGAAGCUUAAAGAGGAGAACGCGGUUCUGAAGGACGCGGCUGACGAUGUGAUGGAGAAUGGAAUCUCGUGGGACUCGGUGACAGACAAACGACUCCUGAUUCUGAAGGAGCAGAUUGACCAGGAGAGAGCCCACAUCAAGUCCCUGGAGAGAAAGUUGAGAGGAAAGGAGAGAACUGCUGUCAUUGUGGACAAGAACAAAAAAUCCGGAGCUGAGAAAGUGUUAAAGCUGGAAAUCUAUAAACUACAAAGUUUGAAUAAAGAUCUAACAGAGAAAAACAAAAAGUUGCAAGGUAAAGUCAAUGGAUUGGUGGAUGAGGUAGAGAAGGCACACAGAGAUAUUAAGAACCAGCAAACUAAAGUGAAAGACCUAGAGGCAGAGAAAGCAGUACUGGAGAUGAGGAGCCAUCAGUCACUUUCAUUCCUCCACUCCAGAAAAGGAGAGUGUAGGGAUCCAAGGAAAAGCUCGGACAUGAGUGGUGUUUUGCCCUUUGACCUUGUAGUCACACAGACCCAAGCUGUCAAGGAGGAACAUCAGUCAAAGUUACCUUCUGUACAGAACAUCACACGUACAGAUGGAACGAACAUGAAGCAACCUCUGGAACAUUUACUGUUAGAUGAGGAGGGGGAUAAUGAGGGGGAUUUAGACGAUGGUGGGGGUCAAGUGGAGGGGUAUUUGUGUGACAGGUACAGUGGAGGGGGACAGAGGAGACACAGUUAUCAGGCAGCCAUUGACAAUCACAACUGUCCCCCUGGGGAACAGCACUACCCUCGAUGUCGCAGUGGCAGCUUCCAGGCGGCCAUCGAGGGGGGUCAGAGAGAGGACCGGGAGGGGGAGGUCACCGAGAACUCAACUCAAAUUUUACCUCCUAGUAUGACAAAGGAGAGUGGGGAGUGUUAUCAGUCUUAUGUUUCUUCAUAUGAUUACGUGGAGGGAUGUUCCACAUCCAUGUCAAAGUCUCAUGGUAUCUCGUCAUAUUCCCAGAAUUCCACCCCGUUGUGUUACUCGGUCUGUGAUAGUGUACAAGGUCCCGGUAUUGUGGGGUGUGGUGGUGAUUUUACUGUGAAUUCUAGUUACCUGACUUGUACGGAUACUUCUCAUAACCACUGUGAUGUCAUGAUUAAACACUUGUGUGGAAGUGGUGGUGAUAACACUGACAGACAGACAGGCAACAAAUACAGAGAGGUGUGUGGCCAGGACCCUGAUUUUCCUGAUGGACGGAUGGGGGAUGAAAGCAGAGAGUUUGGGACUCAGUGGAGGGACAAUGCAGAUGACAGUGCAGAUACACUGGAGGACACCAGUCUUAAACAGAGAUCUGGUGACUUAAAUGACACUCCUGAAGAACCAGAUGUUAUCCAGGUAACAAGAUCUGGAAGGAAUAAUACAGUUGACAACAAAACCUUAGCAGUGCCCUCUGCUAUAAGCGUCAAUCCAUCAAUAUCAGCCUCUACCACCUUAAACUCCUCUGAUGAUGGAGCAGUCAUAGAGCACAUCAAAACAACAUCUCCACCCACCAUCCCUGACGUCAACAGCCAAAACAGAAGUACCGCUGACAUGUCAAAGGUCAAAGAGGAAGAAAUGGAGGUCUUAGGUUCAAAGGUCAAAAAGGACGAGUUGAAUGAGGUCAAAGUUGGGAAGUCAAAAGGUCAAGAUAAAGGAAAAGAUACGACAGAAGAAGAGGAGGGGGAGAAGGAUGAGGACAGCAUUACUGGGACCAGUAACUUGAUCAGGCAGCUAGAGAAACUGAAUCUGAGUGACAGUUCAGGAUCCAGUGAGUUAUCUGGAGGUGGAUUCAAGUCUUCACCAUAUCUCAAGAAAAUCCGACAGGGAAACCUUGCCAAGCGUCGGGAGCAGAUGAAGUUCCUGAGAAUGCCAGAUCUGAAUGAGAUGCAGGAAUCAGGACAACCGAUGACCAACGGGGACGGGGGGACCGACAGUCAGGUGAUGCCCAGUAUACCAGAGACACUACUGCAGGACCUGGGGGUGGACCAGGACAAAACAGAACGUGAGGAGAGUCCUGAUCAGUUGUCAGAACAAGAAAUUGAAAAUAAGUUCACAAGUCUUUCGCUGGCAUUCAAGACAGACAAGAUAACAUUGGAGAAGAGACUAGAGAUACAGGAGAGAUCUCGAGACAUAGCCGAGGAGAACGUAGCCAAGGAAAUCAAAGGACUCAGAGAGGCACUCGAGCAACUGAAUCAGAUCUGUGUGGACACUCAAGUCCGAGACCUCCUUCUGAAGAUACAGAAACAUGUGACUGUGUUAGAGCAGGCCAGUGCCAGGGUGUCCUCACGGGCUGAGGUGUUUGGGGCAGUGCAACAGGAGAAGAGGAUGAGUAAGGCAAUAGAGAUCAUGUUGACUCAUGUAGAUAACCUGAGAUUAUCUCACGAGAGACAGACAGCAGAACUAGAGGAGGCCAGAAAAUUGAUUCAGGACAACAGACCAUUUGGUGGUAGCUCAGAAAUAGGAGAAUUUACUGGACUUUCGAGAAGAUCAGCUUCUGUGUGCCAGAGCAAUCCCUUUCUACCAAAAGGUGCUCGUCGCCGUGUUAGUGAUGCGACCUUGAAUCGAAGUGGGCUUCCCCACUCUGUAUCCAUGGACAGCUUUUCUGAGGCCAUGCAUGUUACACCAACCCUACGACGAGAAUUGUCUGUCACAGAAGAGGAUGCCCGCUCCAAGUUUCAGCAGCUAGCGUCAGUAGCCGCCCUAAAGAAUUCUACCACCUCAGCCUUUAGGAGAGCCUCCAUGAGUAAACAGACCAGUACCUCCUCACUAUUAGGGCAGAACCUCAGACUGUCACAGGACAGUACCCAGUCUGACGGCAAGUCUUCCGGAUCUGGCUCCAAGCAACAUUCUGUGGAGGAGGAAGCAUUUCAGAAAGGGUUUGAGCAGGGCUACAAGGCUCAGAUAACAGGACAGCUCAAACAGUUACGAGAUCAGCAGAACUCUAUCACCGACUCACUGGAGGAGCUACGAGACAAGUGUGAGGAGGGAGAGGAGGAAGUCACAGAGGAAGUAAGCCUGCGAGACACAGUGAUGACCAAGGUUUGGGAGCACGUCCCUGAGUGGGAGACAGCCAGUAAGAAGCUCCGCUUGGCCACUGUCAUCUUCUUCCUGUUCCUGGCCGCCGUCAGCGUCAUCAUGUCCUUCUUUCCCGUGGGGUACGCGGCAGUCCAGGUGUACCCAGAAUACCACCAUGUCAACCCCCCACCGGUCUGACCUUAGUGCUAUUUUUAGUAAAAGCAAUUGCGGUCCAGGUGUACCCAGAGUAUGGCCAAGUCAAACCCCCCACCAGUCUGACCUUGUGCUAUUUAUAGUAACAGCAAUAGUGGACCGCCAUCUUUUAGUGCAUUUUUAUACUACAAGCAAUAUAUUGAUGUUUUAUUCUCCCAUUUGUGUAAGGUUUGGCUAUACAACCAUAACGUUUUAUUUUUUCUUUUUUUUAAAAUGUACUAUAAGCUAAUUUUACUGAUGUCUUUGUGUGAACCAGAUAUCGGAUUUUACGAAUCAAAUUUACAUUGAUGGCAAUUGUUUUAACUGUACAUGUAUCUCAUAAUAUGUGUCACUUAUAUCUUGCCAUACAAGUUUCUUCUUGUUUCAAUUACUAAUUGAAAAUGUUUAAAAUUUAGUUAUUUUAAUAAUACUUCUGACGAAUUUUUGUUUUUAUUUUAAUUUUUAAAAUUAAGAUUAUUUAUUUUUUGUUUUAUUUUUAAUUAAGAUUUUUUUUGUUUUACUAUAAUUAAUCUUACUUUUGAAAUAAUUAAUCUUACUUUUAAAUGAAGAUUAUGUAUACAAAAUAUUUUGUCACCAUGUGUGAUAUCAGAGUCCCAGAUAAGCCCCAUUCUAUUUACUCUAACAUACUGAAAUCCACCAAUAGUAUUACAUGUAAACUAUAGUCCAAAUUAUUGAUUUUUUUUAUGUCGAUUGACAAUAAGAAAGGUGUGGAAUAAUUUUAUAAUAAUGAAUUGUGCCAAAAAAGUAUAGUUCCUAAUAUAAAUUAUCUUUGUUUCCUUAAAACUUUGGCUAGAGUCAGGAGCAAUUGUAAUGAAUUAGACUGUAGGCUUCAAGUUUGCUGGAUCAAGGGGGACACUGCAUACAUGUACAUGUCUCACAAGCUUUCCACCUAUAAGUUAUUUAGGACAUGAAGAAGAAAAAAAUACAAUCUUGAUUCAAAUAUUUUAUGAACUGUUCAAACGUACACAUACAUGUACAUUUUCAUUCUACUUGUAUGUUAUAAACUGUUCACAUAUAGUUCAUGUAUUUGUAUAGCAAAUGGGUGCCUAUAGGCAUGGGGAAUGUAGCUGUAUUCUGUAUUUAAAGAUUUGAAUACUUGCCUACUAAUGAGUAAUGAUGGAUUUCAAAUUCCUAGUCUGAUUGUUAAACCUCUUGCAUUUAAUAUUUUAUUCCGUAAAAUUUUUCAUUUAAUUCCUCAAACAACUUGUUCCUAUAUUGUUAAAAAUUAAAGAAUGUGUGUGUGUAAUAUGUUUAAUAAAUGGGCCUAUGGGAUUAACUAUUACAUAAAUACAAGUGUGCGAUUUUAAAGUGUGCAUUAUUUUAGGAUAUAUGUGGCAUUAUAUGCAGAGAAUUCUUGGAAAGAAUGCACAUGAUAAGAUUUGUGUGUGAUUUAACAUUGCUGGCAUUGUUUUAAGUGUUACAAUGUUUUACAUUAUAGAUGAUUGUGUAUAUGGAUCUAUGUGUUAUCUGUUGUUCAUUGAGUUAAAGUUUUGGCUGUGAUCAUAAAUUAUCGAUUAAACAAUUUGUUGAAUAAAAUUUUAAAAUUAA